AUGUGUUUGUGCGGUCUUCCACCGGACGUAAUUCUUGAGGCUGCUCACAAUGCUUUCAAGUUCUGGGACAAUCAGAGACAAGUUGAAAUCAAAUAUCAGGAAUUUCUUCAUAAAGAUACCCUCAGCAAAGCAUCCCAAAUGGAAAAAUCAUACGUUGAAAAGCUGAACGACACCAAACAAAAACUCCAAUCCGUUUCCGAGAGGCUUCAAGUCACUGAGGAACAAUAUGAAUUGACUAAAAGAGAAUUUCAGAACAUUCAAGAGAAAUACUCAGAAAAAGUUAGAGAGAGAAAUAAGCUUCAAGAAUUGUACAAUUCCCUCAAAAGAAAAUACGAACAGAGUGGAGGAAUGAGAUCCACUUCACCAAGUCUUAGCAGCGAGUUGGAAAGCCAUACUAUUGUUUCUCCGUCAUCCACCUACAAAGAAAAUCAGGAAAAUAUUAGUCCUGGAAACAGUAACCUCUUGUUCAACAAGAAUCAACCGAUACGCUCAUCGGCCACAAGUGGACUGUUAGAUUUUAGAGUCUCAAAGACCUCGCCCAAUAAUGCACUCGCUCAAAAUUCUUCGACAAGCGGAGUUGCUGCGCUCCUUAAAAGCUCGAGCAAUGCAGGCCUCAAUAAUACCAACAACGACCACCGAUCUCCUCUGUUUGCUCUUGGAAGUACAAACAAGAAUGUCAACAACAUUAAUAAUGGUGACACUGGGAAAUCAUACGUUGAAAAGCUGAACGACACCAAACAAAAACUCCAAUCCGUUUCCGAGAGGCUUCAAGUCACUGAGGAACAAUAUGAAUUGACUAAAAGAGAAUUUCAGAACAUUCAAGAGAAAUACUCAGAAAAAGUUAGAGAGAGAAAUAAGCUUCAAGAAUUGUACAAUUCCCUCAAAAGAAAAUACGAACAGAGUGGAGGAAUGAGAUCCACUUCACCAAGUCUUAGCAGCGAGUUGGAAAGCCAUACUAUUGUUUCUCCGUCAUCCACCUACAAAGAAAAUCAGGAAAAUAUUAGUCCUGGAAACAGUAACCUCUUGUUCAACAAGAAUCAACCGAUACGCUCAUCGGCCACAAGUGGACUGUUAGAUUUUAGAGUCUCAAAGACCUCGCCCAAUAAUGCACUCGCUCAAAAUUCUUCGACAAGCGGAGUUGCUGCGCUCCUUAAAAGCUCGAGCAAUGCAGGCCUCAAUAAUACCAACAACGACCACCGAUCUCCUCUGUUUGCUCUUGGAAGUACAAACAAGAAUGUCAACAACAUUAAUAAUGGUGACACUGGGAAGUCCUCAGGAUUUCUUUUUAACAGGAACGAGGCACACAAGCUAUUGUAUACCCCUCUGAAAAGAUCUCGUCCAACAUCGCCAAGAAAUCCAAUACAGUUCAAUAAUGCAUUGUUGCCAUCCAGAAGAAGUCCAACAUCAAAAUAA